AUGAGGAUAUUUUCUCAAGGAAGCUUUCGUUUGAAAACAUUUCUCAAAGGGAAAUGGUUGUUUCUUGUUACCCCCUUGUUGUUCUUUCCUCUGAUCAGAUAUUUAAGCCAAUACAAUGUUGAACAUUGGUAUUCUGCAAAUUUAAAUGACCAGUCCUUCCUCAUGCUGCCCAACAGCAGCUGUGACACCAGUCCCCCAUUCCUGGUCCUUCUGGUCACCAGUGCCCAAGACCAGUUGAAAGCUCGCUCGGCCAUUCGCCAGACUUGGGGGCGAGCGCGGACAACGCAUGGCAAGAGGGUGGUGAGCUAUUUCCUGCUCGGGUACAGCCAAGAGCAUCAGGAGCAACUGCUGAAAGAAAGUUCACUGCACAAGGACAUCAUCCAAAAAAAUUUCACCGACACUUAUUACAACCUGACCACCAAGGUGCUGAUGGGCCUGGAAUGGGUGAGCCGAUUCUGUCCAUCCACCUCCUUCGUGAUGAAAACCGAUUCCGACAUGUUUGUCAACACCGAUCACCUGACCAAGCUCUUGUUGGGAAUGAAUCACACGGAUAUCUUCACCGGCUUCAUCAUGAGGAAUUCUGGAGCUAUCAGGGACAAAUCCAGUAAAUGGUACGUCAGUGAACAGGAAUAUGCUCAGGAAACAUACCCACCAUUCUGCUCCGGCACUGGGUACGUGCUUUCGGCUGAUGUUGCCCACCGAGUGUGGAAUAUUUCCAGGAUGGUCCCCCACUUUAAACUGGAGGAUGUUUACGUUGGGCUGUGCUUGGCGGAGUUGAAGAUCACACCAGUGAAAAUCCACUCGCAGCAGAAGUUCCACAAUUGGAAUGUAAAGUUUUCUGUUUGCGGCUUCCGUAAACUCGUCACCUCUCACAGGGUGAAACCCUACGAGCUGCUGAUCUACUGGAAAGCACUGGAGGAUGCAGCAGACGAGGCCUGUCCUGGAUAUGGGUGA